CAGCUCAGAUCCCUUCUCCCUUGUCCAUCAAAGGUUUCAUGCAAUAAGUCUUUCCUAAAAAAUACCCAGGAACAUCCCCAAAUAUUAUUGGGGAGGUUAAUAAUAAUUGUAUUAGAGUCACGCGCUUGGAGGGAGAGACAAGGAGAAGCUCAACUUUAGCUACAGAUGUUUUCUUUUUGGGGAGGGGAAACACCCAGUCCCCUGAAAAAAAAAAAAACCCAGCAAAGUUUCCCAUUAAAAUUGACACCAUGGGAUGGCCCUAGCGGUCACGUCCACCUCGGAUUGGUUCGCUCGCCGGAAGUUGCUCGCAGACGCCCUUUCCAACAGAUAAGUCAACUGCUAGAGACCCUUUUUUUCCCUUCCCCCCAAAGUAUAUUUUGUCACAGCCCCAGCCCCACAGAUCCCGGUGCAGCUCCAUGUGCAGACGACCCUCCCAUCUGUGCUAGGGCCCAAAGCAAUCCGUGACAGCUGCUUGUCGGCCCCCAUCUCCCCCUCCGCCCCCUCCCCUUCUUCCCAUUGCAAACUGGGGGAUGGGGGGGAAAACAUUUCCCUUACCUCCUUUGGGGGUGAGAUGAGUCGUCACCAGCCAGGACCGCUGCGGUACCUUCCGCCUCCCUUCCACCCAGGUUGGGGGGACCCGGCAGGGCGCGGUGCUCCCCAGCACAGAGAUCCCCGUGGGGGUGCACCCAGAGGCAAAGACGAGACGUCCAGUUUGGGAUUUGAUGACGAGAACUAUCCAGCCCCGCAGCCAGAGGGGUCCACUUUCUCCAAGCUUGAGUCCGAAACUGGGGCCACCACCAGCCCCGGGACUGGACCUCGCCAAAGCAUCGGCACCUCUUCCCAGCCCCAGGUAGCCACCAAGCCAGCAGGUUCCCAGGUGCUUUCGUUGCCUGACCACUUCACCCCCCCUGCUGCUACCGGGUACCGGCGAGAAAGCAGCCCUUCGUCAUCUUGCUCGGAUACGGUAAAGGGGGAUUAUGAAGCGUCCAUUAGACUGAAACCCGGCUAUGGAUCACCCGGGACGGGGAAAACGGAAGAGCAGCGUUUUUUCCUCCAGGAGGCUUCACUUUUAGACAGGCCUAAAGACGACCCAACGGCGCAAGAAAUACAAGAGGAUUCAAAAGCUGAAGCUAUAACUGGCAGCUGGCUGACUGCAAAGGGUGGAAAGGAAAAAAGAAGCCCUUAUACUAAAUACCAGACGCUGGAGCUGGGAAAGAAAUUCUUCUUUAUGUAUUUGACCAGAGAGCGCCGCCUAGAGGUCAGACGAAGUGCCAACUUCACAGAUAGACAAGUCAAAAUCUGGUUCCAAAACCGCAGGAUGAAACUGAAAAAAAUGACCAGAGAUAAUUGGGUGCGACCAGAAUUUAACAGCUCAGUUCUCAUUGUGACAAAUGACUAAAUAAAACCAACGCAAAUCAAUUUGUGGGGAAGAAAGGGAGGGGUAAUAUUUAUUUUUUUGUCUUUGUUACCGCGGCUGUAACAAUGUUAAGGGGUUUCAAAUAUAUAUUUUAUUAUCUCCUAAACCAUGUGGUUAAGAAAUAUUCCGACUUAGUGUUUUGUGAUAUAUCCCUUAGGCUGAAGCAUAGUUAAAAAGAAUUCACUCUAAAGAAAUAGCCCCACUGACAUUUCUUUCGGAUGGAGCUCGUACAAUGCUAGACAGUAAGGGUUUUUAAGACAACUUUUUAAUCUUAUCCAUUUAAAUGCUAUAAGCACCUUCCAUAUGUAACACAUUCUGGUUGAAAAUAUUCCCCCACUCUUACAGAACUGAUGACAAAUACUCCCAGAGGCUAGUUCUGAUGGAUGGGAACUCUGACAAACAGCUGUUGUAACAAUAUUUUAAUAAAACCAUAGCGUGGUGCAGGUCUAAAUAAAGCAUAAUGAGAACUUGAGCGUCAAAAGCAUAUAUAUAUAUAUAUAUAUAUAUAUAUAAAAUAGAUACAGACACAGAUAUACAUAUAUUGAUAUAUACGCAUACACUUUCAUUUUCCCUUGCCUAUUAAUUAUUUUAGCAGGUAUCUCUUGACGAGUGGAAGUUGUCCUAUAGCUAAGAUAUCCAUUAACUAUAUGAGAGCACGAGCUGGUCUGUGACGCCUAAAUUUAAAACCUUUUGAAGAACUUCAGCAACAGCCAAAAAGGGGGUGGAGGUGGGGGAAAUCCCAUUACUUUAAAAUGUUAUUCCAGCUCAAGGAUUAAAACCAAUAUAUAGUUUAUGUAGUUUUAUUAUGAUUAUUAUUAAGCUCUGCGUUAUUUAUUUUAAACCUGGUCGUGAAAUUAUAUGGCACGUGCCGUUUUGUACUUCACACUUAUCUAGGUCGUUAUACUUAUGUUUCAGUCUGUAAUUUGAUGGGGGGGGGGGUAUUUAAUUUCCAAAUUUGAGCAGUGAAAGCUCAAUGAUAAACAUAUUCUUCCAGUCUGUUGUUUUGUAUAAGUGGAAGAGCUCUCAGUACCAACGUCACUCCAAUGCUGGAAGCUUUGAAGAAGAUAAAUGAAAAAUGUUUGAUCUAGUGGUUUCAAUUUUUUAAAAAAAGUCUCUGUAGCAGAUAGAAUUCAAUAUAAGACGUUUUGACAUGUGUGGGGUGUGGAUUAUUUGUCAAUGAAACGCAAAUAAAGUUUGAUAGCAGUAUAGCCUUUUGACUUUUUUCCAGAGUUUGAUUUAAACUUGAACCUGCCCCUCUCUGGCGCACAGUCAUGACUGUGAUCAAAAACGAAACGAUACAUUUGAAAUAAAAAGUGCAUCUUUGUUUUAAAUCCCAGUCGAUGCCAGAGAGGCUUACUAAUAUUUUUUCUAUGUCUUGUAAUUUUUAAAAAAAAGGUCUAAUAUUGCACAAAAAUAAAAAUCUAGGCUGCUUGAUAUUCUGAUCGUAAAUUAUUUCUCUUUUUAUAAUGUAUGGUUGGAUGGUGGUGUUGUGGUGUUUUCUUUUAAAUCUGUGUUUUCUUUCUGUUCACCGCCUGAUGUGAUGUAAACUGUUUGAAGUUCAACAACAUGGCUAAGUUUUAUUGUAUUUCCGGUACAAUAGAUUUAUAUACCACCUCGUCCAGUCUUUUAAAGGCUUUGCAAAUGAAAUGAAGCUAAGUUAUAGUCAAGUUUCAGGCUCCUCCCUGAAUCUCUUGAACUCGGACUAGUUGUUGUGGUGGGUUUGGUUUGGUUUGGUUUUUCUUCUAAUGAACUUUUAAACGCUAGGAAACUUGUACUUUAGAAACAUGGCUAUCUUUACUUUAUUGUCUUUCGAGUGAGUUGAUUUAUUUAUUUAACCCACUUAUAGAAGAAUACAACGCACGAGGUAAGACAUUUAAUUUAUAUUUUAUGACAUUUAAAAAACGAUGGCAGCGGGAAAACUGAAGUAGAAAAUCUCAGUGUUAUAUUUUUUAAAGGAAUCUAAAUUUAAAUCGUUUCAUGUUCUUGAAAAGUUCUAAAAGUCUUCUAAGAAUUAAGGAAAUCUCACAGAACCUUGAACCUCAGCAAAAACUCCUUUUUGGGCUGUUAUCCAACCAUCUUUCCUCACCCUCUCCUCAGCUUGCUAGGUCUAAUUCUCCCCCUUUAUAAAAUUGGUAAUUAUUUUAUAUAAUCACUAUAAACAUAGCAUUUAUAUAUUCAAUGCAAAAAAGGACAAGUUCCUUAAGGUUGCUAGGUUAUAGCUAUAGAAGAGAUGUGACGAUGCUCUUCGUAUCGUUCCCAUCGAUUCAAACUUUUUGAAAAAUUGGAUUAAGUUAUACUUACUUUUUGGGGUGUGGGAGAGAGAAAAUGAAUUAUGAUUUUUGAUUUCCAGAAUUCACUGGUUUUAUGUUAUUGUUAUUGUCAGCAGGAAGUUGUCCAAAUAUUUGGCGGCUGUUUUUUUUAACAAAAAUCAGAUUUUUCAAAAAAUAUUUUCACACGGGAAAAGAUGCUUUCAUUUGCUUUUAUUAAAAGCUUGAUGAAUUUUUGUGCUCUAUUUAUAGCUGAGAUAAUCGUUUGUUUCUCAAAGUCAAUAGUAUUUUACUGGUUCCUCUAGUCUAUUUGUAAACUAUUUGUAAACUCCUGCAGGAGAGAUCCGUUCUAGACACUGUACAUAGGAAAUAAUCUGAAUGGAUAUUUCGUGAAAUCGUAGGGGUUUUUUGUCUUUGAAAAGACCCUUUUGUUGCUUUUGUUUCCUAGCAACUGUUUUCUAUUAUAAAAGUUCAGAUUGCAAGUGAUGUCAAACAAAAUGGCCGCCCGGGCGCCUUUCUUGGUAAUUUUAGCCUUUGACCCAGGAAAGAACUAGAACUGCUCUGUGAAUUAGGUAGUUUCAUGUUGUUGGGGUUUUAUUUUUAAACACAAGAACAUAAAACUACCUGAUUUACUCCAGUUAUUCUCCUCGAUUUUGUUUAUUCAGGCAGUUGGAUCAGAGGAAAAUGAUAGGUACGUUUAUUUAUUUAUUUAUUUAUUUAUUUGUUCCUUUAUUUAUUUAUUUAUUGUCAGCUCAAACCAUAUUAACGAAUUUUUUAGUAUCUAAGGGCUAAGCAAGUUGGCAACAGUCCCUGUUAGCUUUGCAAAAAAUAAGAAUAAAAACCAGGGAUUAUGCAGGCAGGGGUUUGGGGUUUUUUUCCUUCAAAAUUCUGUUUCAGUGCCGUUUUGCAAGAAUGUAUAAUGACGCACAAAACAAUUUAACAACUGAUGAAGGGCUCCAUCCUGCCCCUACUAAAUUCAGUGGGAUCAGGAUCCGUUCCCCCGACAGGAGACUUCUUAAAAAUAUAUUUUCUAAUUCCUUUAUGUAUAUAAAGGGAAUGGAGUUUUUUUUUUAUUUUUUUUGAAAUAAGAAAUCCACAUCUAUGCUUAAAUUAUAAAAUAUUAAUUCAGGGAACACACUAAAACUCCCUCCAGGUUUCUUCAGUUGCCCCGUAUUAUUAAGUUAUGUUCAUUAUAAACCCUAUUGCAAAGAUGCAUACAACUGUAACUUUCUAUUUCAUUUAUUUGAGCAUAAGCUUUCGUGAGCUACAGCUCACUUCAUCGGAUGCUCACGAAAGCUUAUGCUCAAAUAAAUUGGUUAGUCUCUAAGGUGCCACAAGUCCUCCUUUUCUUUUUGCGGAUACAGACUGACACGGCUGCUACUCUGAAACCUUUCUAUUUCAGUUAUUUCACUAUGUAUCAGACAUAGUUUGAAUGGUAAUGUGCAAUCGGUUGUCUCUUGAGUUCUCCUGUUUCUUCUCUACCUACAUCCGAAAUAGACACGGUAGCUACAAUGUGAGUUUAACAUAAUAUGGACUAAGAACAGAUGCUACUUAUGUACUCCACAUGCACAUUGGUGUUUUUCUAUACUGAUAAAUUAAAAAUAUUUUUACAGGUGGGUACACACGCGCCUCCGUGUGAGGCUGUAGAUAAUUUGCUUUCGUUUUAGUAGUAAAACAACAGUUUAUCGUUUAACUUAAAAGAUAUGAUCUUCAAAUGAAGCUAACCAAGGAUAAUGCAUGCAAAAGUGUUUAAAUACAAGCCUCCCACUGUGGUAGAAAUAUUGAUGAUCAAAGUUAUUUCUCGGUAACCUAAAAUAUUCCACUUUAGUAGGCUCCUAAAAACUAUAUUUAUACUGUGUAAUGAUAUCAAAGAAUAGAAAUACCUUUCUGUAUACCAGUUUCUGAAAUGAGCAUAAAAGUAAAUAUUAUAUAGUCUGGGGCAAGAUUUUUUUUUUUAAGUGUGCUUGCCUCACACUUUGAGUUUCGAAUUAUUAAAGAUGGAGGGGAUAUCCAAGUUUAGAAUAUCAUCUGCUAUUUCUUCUGUAGCCGAAGGAUUGCUGUGAAUUCAGUUUAUUCUAGGGUCGGAAUGGUAAAAAACUUUUUUUAUAGCCUUUAACCAGGGGCAUGCUUUAUCCCUGCAACUGGUGAUUGUUGUAGGCAAUGUGCCCAUCUUCCCUAUUAAACUAGCAGCCAUUCAGGAAAAAAACAGGGGGGUGGAGGAAGUCAGCAUAAAACUAUUUGCAUUCCGUACUUUUAAAAAGUUCUGUGAGUCUUUAUAAUAGAAACAAAGUAAUAUUUAUGUUAUCACCAGAACAUCGCUCCGGAAAUGAACAAUCUUGCAAAGUUAAUAAUCAACGACUAGGUAAUAGUAUCCCCAUAAGGCGAACACUAACCUGUCUUGUAAAGGCAUGGCCUCCAGAUUUUGAUCUCACUUGCCCCAGUGUAAAGACAACAGCAGGGUUCAUUGAAGCUAAUGGAGUUACAGUGCUGUAACUGAGAUCAGAAUUCCCCCCCCCCGAACCCCCAGGGUUGAAAACAGAACUGGGUCUAUUUUCCAAAGGGCGGUGGGAAGGAAAAAGUGGAAACAUCCUAUUUGUGAAUUAAAAACUAGUUGCCAUGAUGCGUCUGAUUUGCCUGGCUUAUAUCUGAAGCAGUUUGUUUUCUUUUCAUUCCAAAUCAGAAGGAUAAGAGCGACUUCACCUGGAGAAGCAGCGAUGCUGGGAUUGCUACAGAAAGCUCCGUAUAAUAACUGAUUCGUUUGCAAAAUAACAUCAGCUCCUGCUCUGCACUCCCCCAACCCCGCCACACACGCGAAUGACAAUGAACAACUCCUGUUAAAUGCACCAAAUUAACCCCAACAUCUUAUUCUUUCUCAGCGCUCCAGUCUACCUAAAAUUCUCUCAACCCCAUUCAGUAUGAGUCUAAGCUGUUGGCAAAGUGCUGUAAAAAUAGCUAUUUGAAAGAAUACCCCCCAUCUCUCUCUCUCUCUCUCUCUCUCUCUCUUGGCAAGGUCUCAUGCCAUAGAUUUUAUUGAAGGAAUUAUUUAACGACCUAAUUCUAGUGUGCUUUUCUUUUCCUUCUGUCCCUGGGUGGAAGCCACCGGCCUUCUCUCACUACCACGGCUUGUUAAUUCCAUUUCCCUCUUCCCCCUCCAAUAAUAUGUUUGGGUCCCAAUUAUAUCCCAAGACCCGAUUCGGAUCCCACUAACCCAGCAGCCACUCUACUGAAGUCAGUGGAGUUCCAUCUGUGAAAAUCCACAUGCAGCCAGAGGAGACUCAGACCCCCACUUAUUUCAAACAACUUAUCAUAUUCUUUCAAAGGGCGAAAGACUGUAGCAGCCACAAUACUGGUUCAAAGCAACAAUCCCACUUUUAUUUUAAUGUUCUUUCCCACAGCUUGUCCUUUAAAAGGCACACAAGGUUUUACUGUACCAGGGGUCUAAAUGCGUUAUUAACUGCUAAGAUUACAACCCUCCUUUCGGAUAGUGUUUUUAGCCAGAGUAAAGUUUCGUUUCUUGUC